AUGGCACGGAGGGGCGGCGGCCUGCUGCAAACGUGCAGACUUCUGCUCUCAGUGGUUUUAUUUCUGCCACACGAAAUGACAAGCUCUGUGUUAACUGUGAAUGGUAAAAGCGAGAACUAUAUUCUGAACACUCAGCUUGGCUCCGAAGAAUCUCUGAACUGCGCUGUUCAAGACCACACCGGGGACGAGGGACUCCUCUGGUACCGGGAAGGGGGCGCAGUGGAUUUGAAGUCUGAAAACACGGUCAAUUCCAGCGCCGUCUGCGUGUCUUCCAUCAGCGAAAAUGACAAUGGAGUCACUUUUACCUGCAAGCUGCAGAGGGACCAGUCGGUGGCUGUCUCAGUGGUGCUGAAUGUCACGUUUCCUCCCCUCCUAAGUGGAAACGACUUCCAGACAGUUGAGGAAGGCAGUGCUGCGAAGCUGGUUUGCAAUGUGCAAUCCAACCCCCAGGCUCAAAUGACGUGGUACAGAGACAGUAGAGUCCUGAACUUAGAGAAAAACCGUCACCAAGUCCAACAGACAAGCGAGUCUCUCCAACUGUCAAUCGCCAAAGUCAAGAAAUCCGACAACGGAACCUACAGCUGUUUUGCACGCUCACCUCUGCAAACAAAGGUGAUGGACUUUCACCUCAUUGUCAAAGACAGAGGUUCAACUGUGCCCAUAGAGCCCAUUAUUGCUGCAGCCGUUGUGGUCUUUCUGACGCUGUGCUUCGGACUGGUUGCCAGAAGACAAAGAAUAAUGAAGCUGUGCGUAAAAGGUGAAGAUCCUCAGAGAGAAACAGCUCUGUAA